AUACCACUUUUGAUUAAUAUGCAAAGAUUUUAAAAUACCCUGUCUCCCUGAAAAUAAGACAUCCCCUGAUAAUAAGCCCAAUUGGGCUUUUGAGCGCAUGCACUAAAAUAAGCCCCCCUGAAAAUAAGCCCUCCCCAAAAAUAUUUAAACGCAUGCACAGCCGGUCCCUGCCAUUUCCUUUGGUUAGGGUUAGAGAGACAGAGCUGGAAAUCAGAGAGAAUUUAUGCUCCACUGAAGAAGCUCAUCAAAAAUUUAUGAAAAUUUAUCCCAAGAUCUUCAUUAAAAAAAAGCCCAUAUUGCCAGGUAUUCCUGAAAAAAGAACAAUAGGGGUACAUUCCUGUAAUUUCUGCACCAAUGCUGUAACUGCUGAAGAUUUUCACAACAUACAUUUCUAUUUGAAUAAGAUGAAAAAUCCCGAUAGGUUUCAGCCGAGCUUUCCAAAAUCCCGAGAGAGUGUACAAAAUUUAAUAAAAAUACUCAAGAAAAUACCUAUUUUAAGAACUGAAGAAGAACAUGAGGCUGUCUAUAAAAUAAUGAAAGUUAUUCCUGAUAUUAAUGAGCAAUUAUCUGAAGAACAGAUAAAGGAAAUCAGCAAAGUAGUUCUAAGAGAAUACUGGGUGAAGGAAAGUACAGUGGAUGCAAGCCAAGGAUUCUAUAUUAUACUUAGAGGCUCUGUUAAGCCACAGACAAAGUAUUACAAAAGACUUAUUGGAGGACAUUUUAUUUCAGUGCCUCCUCAGGUGACUUCUGUUACAAAUGAAUCAAACCCAACUGAGGUAGCAUCAUCUGAUAUGUUUGGUGUAGGGUGCUGUUUUGGGACUUUGGUACCACUCCCUUUAAAGAAGAAACAUGAUGUACUUACUGUUCUUACAGAGGAAAACUGUGAUUUUAUCAAAAUUCCAUCCAUCAAUUACUUAAGGGUAAAAGAGGAUAUAGCAAAACAUGAACAGCAGGCCAAAGAAGAAGUAAUCCGUGGCUCUCCAUUUUAUCAAAACUGGCCGAUGAUAUUUAUAUUUAAGUUAACUGCUCAGUUAAAAUGGAGGAAGUUUCCAACAGACUAUGUGUUUAUGGAAGAAGGAGAAAUAAGCAAAUAUGUAGGAUUCAUUAAGUCUGGACAUGGCAAUGCUUACCGAAUAAUUCCAGCUCUUGUAAAGCGACCUUUGGGGAAAAUGGCUAAGCAAAUGAGGCAAGUUUUCAUUGGCCAGUUACAUCGACACCAAUCCUUUGGAGAAACAAGUGUUCUUCUUCAGACACCAUCAACAUAUACACUGAAAGCAGCAACUCCUGUUGAACUGGGAGUUAUUAAUGCUACAGAUGUGCUUGCUUUAGAUCCAGUGAUACAGAUGCUCCUUCUACAAAUAAUACAACCAUCAUUUGAAAAUAUCACUUUUGAAGAUCUCAAGUAUAAAUACAUUAACAACAAAAAAGAAAUGGAAUGGAGACACAAAAAGGAAGUUAUACUGCAAGAAACACUGUUUUAUAAUGGAAUUAGACCAGGGCUUGGCAAAUGGCUGCAUACCCAUUUUGAGAAAUGAGUACUGAAAAAGCAACAAGCAUGUCUACGCAUUGAUUCUGCUCGAUUUCUAUAACUUAACAUGAAGAUUCCACAAAUGUAAAAAGUUUGAUUUUCAUUUGCCUCUCUGCCUCCCUGCCCUUAAAUAUUUUGAGAUUUCUUCCUUCUCCCAUUCAGAUCUUUCAGUCACUCACUGUGCUGUCAUUUCUUUUCUUUCAAUAUUUAUUCCUGUCACCAAUUUCUGCUGGUUGAGCAUAUUAUAUCUUUUUAUUACAGUUUUAAAAAGAAUAAGAAAUGUAAACAUAAUGCAUUUAAAAUAUUUUCGCCUUUGUGAUCAUUUUGAUGGGAUAAUUGUGAGACUUCUGAGUCAUAGAUAAAACCUCUCCAUUAGGCUUAGAACACAAUAGCAAAAACCAACAGGCAAUAGAAAAUAUUUAAAUAUUAUGCAGCAAUAAAAAGUGUAUUAAAUUAAAGUGAGGCAUAUUCAUUAAUUUAAAAGUUAAUGUAUGUGAAAAACAAAAAUAAAUAUAAAACAUGGACUUGAAAGAUA